AUGGCCCUUUCCAUGAUGUUGGCUUCAGUGCUGCUUCCUCCAGACGAGUGCAAGGCUGCUGUUGCUCCGUGUUCCGUCAGUGACCCUCUUCCUAUUCUUCACAAAUAUUAUCAGUCUGGAGAUGUUGUUAUUGCUGGCAUUAUGUCUCAAAUCUAUAUAACUUUAAGCAUAGCCUUCAAUGAACCUCCUACACCGGAACUCUUCGAUGACAUCCUCCAUUUUAGUCCAAGCUGGACCUACCAAGCCUCCAUGGAACUUCUCUCUAGCCAAGAAAGACUCCUCCCCAACUACAAGUGUGAUGUUAAAGAGACUUCAAAGGCAGUCAUUGGGGGGCCAAACUCUGAUUUAUGUCUCCACAUGUCAACCAUCCUGUCUAUGUACAAGAUGCCAAGACUCAUCUAUGGCUCUUCUCCUGUGACAACUAAUGACAUUCAAGCCCUUUUCACCCACUGGAUAUUCCCAGAUGGGACUCAGCAAUAUGAGGGGAUCCUCCACUUGCUGCUGCAUUUCCGCUGGGUGUGGAUUGGUGUGCUUUUUCAACUCCAUGAUGACACUGGAGAGAGAGUUGUACAAAAUGUUCUCCCCAUGUUUGCCCAGAAGGGUAUCUGCUUUGAUUUUAUAGAAAGUUUCCCUAAGGUUACCUCUUCUGGUGAGUUUGAUGAAAUGGUGGAAGAAGGUUCAAAAACAAUGAACAUUAUUGUGGGAAGCACUGCCAAUGUUGUGGUUGUGCAUGGUGAAAUUCAUACAAUUAUGGCAAUGAGAACAAUACCCAGACUUGCAGAAACAAAUGACGUGCCAAUACAAGGAAAUAGAAAAAUCUGGAUUAUGAUAGCCCAGAUGGAUUUCACAUCAUUUCCCUUCCAAAGAGGUUGGGACAUCACAUUCCUCCAUGGGGCUCUAUCUUUUGCAGUUCACUCUAAGGAUCUUCCAGGAUUCCAGAAAUUUAUUCAGACGAGAAAGAAUACCUUGGAAAAAGAAGAUGGCUUUCUCAGGGUUUUCUGGGAAGAGGCAUUUAAUUGUGGUUUUCAUGAUUCUGCUUCAGAGAAGAAAGAUGGCAAAUUCUGCACUGGGGAGGAGAACAUUGAGAGCCUUCCUGGGUCUGUUUUUGAAACGAGCAUGACAGCCCACAGCUACAGCAUCUACAAUGCAAUCUAUAUUUUGGCACAUGCUUUGCACACCACGCAGUCCACCAAAUUAAACUGCAGAGCAAAAACAGGUGGAGCAAGGUGGGAACUUACAGAUCAACAGCCAUGGCAGGUCCACCACUUUCUGAGAAGUGUUUCAUUUAAUAAUAGUGUUGGGGAAGAAGUUUCCUUUGACCAAAAUGGGGAAUUAGUAGCUGGAUUUGAUAUAAUAAAUUGGGUCACAUUCCCAAAUGAGUCAUUUCUGAGAGUCAAAGUUGGAACAAUGGACCCACAAGCUCCCCCAGAGAAGAGGUUAACCAUUCAUGAUGAUGUUAUCACGUGGCCCAACUGGUUCAACCAGGCACAACCCUCUUCUCUGUGUAAUGAGAAUUGUCAUUUAGGUUAUAGAAAGAACAAGAAGGAAGGAAAGCCAUUCUGCUGCUAUGAUUGCUUUCCAUGUCCAGAAGGGAAGAUCUCAAACAAGGAGGACAUGGACGACUGUUUAGAAUGCCCUGGAGAUCAAUAUGCAAACAAUGAACAGGAUGGCUGCCUCCCCAAAGACAAAACAUUCUUGUCUUAUGGAGAACCAUUGGGGAUCAGUUUGGCCACAUUUGCCCUCUUCUUUUCCUUCAUCACAGCUUUGGUGCUUCAAAUAUUCACGAAGCACAGAGAUACUCCCAUAGUUAAAGCCAACAACCGCAACCUAACUUAUAUUCUCCUCGUUUUCCUCCUGCUCUCCUUCCUUUGUGCUCUGCUCUUCAUUGGCCAGCCUGAGGAAGUGACCUGCCUCCUUCGACAAACUGCUUUUGGCAUGAUCUUCUCAGUGGCAAUUUCUUGCAUAUUAGCCAAAACUGCCAUUGUGGUUCUAGCUUUCAUGGCCACCAAGCCAGGGUCCCGAAUGAGGAAGUGGGUAGAGAAGCCAUUGGGCACAUCAAUUGUUUUUUCCUCCUUCCUUAUGCAAGUGACAAUUUGUACUGUGUGGCUGUCAACCUCUCCCCCAUUUCCAGACAUUGACAUGGACUCAAUGACUGAAGAAAUAAUACUAGAAUGUAAUGAAGGCUCCCCUCUUAUGUUUUAUUGUGUCCUGGGAUUCAUGGGUUUGCUGGCUAUUGUGAGCUUCACGGUGGCUUUCCUAGCCAGGAAGCUGCCUGACAGUUUCAAUGAAGCCAAAUUCAUCACCUUCAGCAUGUUGGUCUUUUGCAGUGUGUGGCUCUCCUUUGUUCCAACCUACUUGAGUACCAAGGGCAAAUACAUGGUGGCUGUGGAGGUCUUCUCCAUUUUGGCCUCUAGUUUUGGCUUACUGGGCUGCAUCUUUUCCCCCAAAUGCUAUGUUAUUUUACUGAGGCCUGAGCUGAACAGCAGGGAACAGCUAAUAAGAAGAAAGUUUUAA